AUGAUCAUUGGUGGCGGUGAUGACACGGUAAUCAACCAUGUGAAGUUCACCACCACGCAUAAACUCAAACGGACAGUCGUCGACGAACGGUAUGAUGACCUCGAAGAUAGUAUCAUUUUUGAUAAGUCAGAUACCGACGGUUUGUCUAUCCCUCACUAUGAUGCUUUGGUUAUAACUUUAUGCAUCGCUGAUACUGACGUAAAAAGACUCAUGGUGGAUGACAGAAGCAGCGCGUGUAUGGUUCACCCACGAGUUCUCAUGCAAAUGAGGCUCGAGGAUAAAAUAAUACCGCGUUGCAUAACACUAACGAGUUUUAAUAAUGUAGUAGAGAAAACAUCUGGAGAAAUAGUGCUACCGGUCCUGGCAGGAGGGGUUACUCUGGAGACGACAUUCCACAUCAUGAACCAGGAAACGGCCUACAACGCCAUCAUAGGGCGACCAUGGAUACACGCCAUGCGAGCCGUCCCGUCCAGCUUUUAUCAAAGGCCAUCAAAGACCCCGGAUAUCGUAGAAGCUUGCAAGGCAACCAUAGAGGAUCUCGAUCCCGUCCAAUUGGAUGAUACCAAUAGCACGAAAAAGGCUUAUGUUGGACACAACCUCUCGGAGCCAGAUAUGCCAGGAAUCCCAAGGGAUAUCGCCACUCAUAGACUGAAUGUCGACCCACUUUAUCCGCCGGAACGGCAAAUGAGGAGAAAGUUCAAUGCCGCAAUCAAUGAGGCGGUCAACGAGGAGGUGGAUAAAUUACUUGCCAAUGGUUCCAUCAGAGAAUCAAAAUACCCCCAAUGGGUCGCUAAUGUGGUCAUGAUCAAAAAGAAGAAUGGGAAAUGGCGAAUGUGUGUUGACUUCACCGAUCUGAAUAAAGCAUGCCCGAAGGACUCCUUUCCAUUACCUCACAUCGACCAACUUAUUGAUGCUGAGCUUCUUAGACGCCUACUCCGAGACCACGUACCAGAGGUUAGUCACCAAAAUGUUCAAAGAACAACCCGGCAAGACCAUGGAGGUUUACCUCGACGACAUGCUGGUAAAGUCGACAAAGAAAGAGGAUCACAUUGGCCAUCUGAAGGAAGCCUUCGAGAUAUUAAGGCAGUACGGGAUGAAGUUAAUCCCGAAAAGUGCGCCUUCAGUGUAACUUCAGGAAAAUUCCUUGGUUUCCUCAUGUCACAAAAGGGAAUCAAAGUCAACCCGGAUCAAAUCAGGGCUAUCAACGCAAUACCAGAGAUACUGACCAGCAAAAAGCAGGUGCAGAAGCUAACAGGGCGAAUAGCCGCCCUAUCAAGGUUCAUUUCAUGA